GAAUAAGUUGGAUCACGUCUGUCUUCACUGAAAUCCAAAAUCAUAUCAAAACUAUGGCGGUGUUGAGAAUAAGAACAAUGAGAUACUUUGGGGUUUGGACCUUCCUCGUAAUAGUGGCUGUGGUCUGUGCGCAAAGGGUCAAUGACCCUAGCAAUAUGUCAAUCGUAAAAGAAACUGUGGAUAGACUGUUGAAAGGAUAUGACAUUCGCUUGAGGCCAGAUUUUGGAGGUCCCCCUGUGGGAGUGGGGAUGAAUAUAGACAUAGCCAGCAUAGACAUGGUAUCUGAAGUCAAUAUGGACUAUACAUUGACUAUGUAUUUCCAGCAAGCUUGGCGAGACAAGCGGUUAUCCUACUCGGAGAUUCCCCUCAAUCUCACCCUGGAUAACCGAGUAGCGGAUCAGCUGUGGGUCCCAGACACCUACUUCCUAAAUGACAAGAAGUCUUUUGUCCAUGGUGUCACAGUGAAAAACAGAAUGAUUCGACUCCAUCCAGAUGGAACCGUGCUCUAUAGCCUGAGGAUCACCACUACAGCAGCUUGUAUGAUGGACCUGAGACGAUAUCCGCUGGACGAACAAAACUGCACACUGGAGAUAGAGAGCUAUGGGUACACCACUGAUGACAUAGAGUUCUACUGGCGAGGAGGUCAUAACGCUGUGACGGGGGUGGAGAGAAUAGAACUACCCCAGUUCUCCAUCGUGGACCACAAACUCAUCUCUAAGAAUGUCGUCUUCUCUACAGGAUCCUACCCCCGACUUUCCCUCAGCUUCAAGCUGAAGAGGAACAUUGGCUACUUCAUCCUGCAGACCUACAUGCCCUCUAUCUUGAUCACCAUCCUUUCCUGGGUCUCCUUCUGGAUCAACUAUGACGCUUCCGCUGCCAGAGUGGCUUUGGGAAUCACCACUGUGCUGACCAUGACCACCAUCAACACUCACCUGCGGGAGACCCUUCCCAAGAUCCCCUACGUCAAGGCCAUUGACAUGUAUCUUAUGGGUUGCUUCGUAUUCGUCUUCCUGGCCCUGCUAGAGUACGCCUUGGUCAACUACAUCUUCUUCGGCAGAGGACCCCAGCGCCAGAAGAGAGCGGCUGAGAAAGAAGCUGUCGCCAACAAUGAGAAAAUGAGAAUGGAUCCAAACAAGUGGUUGGUGGGAAAUGUAGUUCAGAGAGACGAUACUCUGUAUGCCAGAAUGAAACAGAGGGAUAUUGACGCCCAUGACUCGAUGUGGGAACCAAUCUUUGUGGACGAUGCAGCGAUAGGACUAGGCGAGGAAAAGAAUAAGAUGGACCCGCAUGAAAAUAUUCUACUGGGCACUAUAGAAAUUAAGAAUGAGAUGGGAGCAUCGGAGCUGACCCUUGGUCUCAGUGACCCCAGGAGCACCAUGUUGACUUAUGACAGCUCCACCCUGCAGUACCGCAAAGCAGGGCUGCAGGCCAGGCACAACUUUGGACGCAACACCCUGGAGCGCCACAUGCCUCAGAAGAAGAAUCGGCUACGGAGGCAUGCUUCACAGCUGAAGAUCAACAUUCCCCAUUUGACUGAUGUAAACUCUAUCGACAAGUGGUCGAGAAUGAUCUUCCCCACUGUCUUUUCUUUGUUCAACAUAAUCUAUUGGCUCUACUACGUCAACUAAAUGGACUUCAGCAAGGGCAGAACUAAACAAACAACAAAGCUAGUUUUCUCUGAAUAGUUAUCAUUUUGCUGUUUGUUCUUGCAACACAAGACUGAAUUACUAAAACAAAAUCAGGACUGACUCCAUUUUACCUUGGAACACCUUAAUUGCUGGCUAACACAUGAAAACCUUAGAGGAGAGCGAGAGAAAUUCAGAACAUAUACUGUAUGGUGCCUGUACCAGAGUUUUUGUUUAUAAUUUUACAAGUACAAUAUUUAGUGAAUUUAGUAUUUUAUCAUUUUUAAACGUUUGUUUGCAUAUAUUUGUAUGUUUUUACAUUUUAAAAUCUUUAUAUAUAUCUAUCUAUCUAAUUUGUUGCCAAAACAUAGUUAGAAAUAUUAAUGAUAUAUUGAUUUUUAAAUAUCUCAGACCACAAAGACACUCCUUAAAACAGUUACAAGCAUGUUCAGGUCAAUCUUUUCUAAGACUCAUUACUUCAAAGAUGUAAUGUUAUUUAUCCUAGAAUUUAUUUUGUCUUUAUAUUGUGAAGUUUCACGUUUUCAUAGUAUUAAUAUAUUAAGUCAUAGUAAAAGGGUUUUACGAUUAACCAACCUUUUCUACCUUGAUAUAGUUGAUAAAUCAUAUUAUUUAUUUUGAAGCAUUAUUUCAAUUCUAUGAAAGUGUUUGAUAGUGUAGUAGAUACUAUUUUAGACGACAGAAACAAACAUCAUUCCUAACAUUGACAGAAGAAACUAGAAAGUAAAGUUUAUCGGCCGUUGACAUUGAAUGCUGUAGCAUAGCUAACAGAUAAAUGCAUCACAAAGCCUUUGAUUCAUGAUUUGAUAUUGUUUUCUUAAAGUAUUCAUUCAGAAAAGGUACAGAAUAUUAACUUGAAAUGUAGAAGUUGAAUAUAUUGCAAAAAAUGAGAAGAAACUGAGAAAGAAAUUGAGAAAGAAAAUGUUGCAUUAGUCUUCAAAGCAGUUUAAGAGUCAGUGAUACAGUGAUAGAUCAUGUAGAAGAUCAAUUGAAGAAAAAUACACAAACCUGUCUCUGAAAAAUUGUCCUUUGUCCAUUUUGGUCCUUUGUUCACAUAUCCGGAAGAUUACAGGAUAAUAUGAUGUAUUUGCUCAUAAUUGUUCUUCACAUGGAUAUACAGAAACAAACAUUGGCUCUAGUUUGUUAAGAAACAUCAGAUGGCAUCUUGUAAUUCCUAUUCCUAAUGAAUUGAGCCAGCAGUUAAGGAUUCUAUGAUAGGCAUUUCAUGAUGCAUCAAAAGACAAUCUUUCCUAUCACCAUGAUGUGUAAAUAUCUCUUGUAUAUGAUUAUUUAAAAAGUAAUGAUAUCUAUCACAGUUCCAGCGAGGAUCCAUCCAGAAUGUGUCCAUGAUAUAAUUAUCUUCAGGAAGUUGGAAGGUUUUGAAAACAAAGGUUUUGAGCAGCUCCAUCUUCUUAAAUGAUACACUGUCAUUACUGCCAUUUCUUUAUCAAAUAUCCAGGUGUUGACAGUAACUAUACAAAACAAAGAGUAUGAUAGAGAGAAAAGGCUGCUCUGCAAGCUGGCAAGAGAAACCACAAUGCACGAAAGCACAAUGCUGCUCCAAAUCUCAAUUGAAAAUGGACUGUCGUCUUAAGAUAAUAUGUUUAUUUCUGAUAAUCAGUUCAUUAAGUUUCUCUACUUUCCUUCCAAAUGAUUACUAUAAGUAUACUGUAAUAAUACUUAUUUCUUUCCAAAUGAUUACUAUACGUAUACUGUAAUAAUACUUCUUUCUUUCCAAAUGAUUACUAUACGUAUACUGUAAUAAUACUAAUUUUCUGAUAAUGCAUUUUUACUCUACUUUCCUGACAAAUGAUUACUAUAGGUUUAGUGUAAUAAUACAUCUUUCCUGCCAAAUGAUUACUAUAGGUAUAGUGUAAUAAUACACCUUUCCUGCCAAAUGAUUACUAUAGGUAUAGUGUAAUAGUACACCUUUCCUGCCAAAUGAUUACUAUACUUAUACUGUAAUAAUACACCUUUCCUGCCAAAUGAUUACUAUACUUAUACUGUAAUAAUACACCUUUCCUGCCAAAUGAUUACUAUACUUAUACUGUAAUAAUACACCUUUCCUGCCAAAUGAUUACUAUAAGUAUACUGUAAUAAUACACAUUUCCUGCCAAAUGAUUACUAAUACUGUAAUA